GGAGGCGGAGGAGCGGGAGCAGCAGGAGCAGCGCUGGGUGUAUCCGCUCCCGAGCGGGAUAAAAGCCGUCCCAGCUCCCUCUCCUUCUCCUCAGCGGUCUCGCUGCCGCCCGCCACUCCUCCCCCGCUCGCGGUGCCUGGGAGCCUCUGGAGGUGCUGACUAUGAAGGUAUCAGUACAGGCUGUGGCAGUGUGGGGGAAAAUAGCUCCCUCUCACAGCAUCACUGCUAUUAUGAUUACAGAUGACCAGCAGACCAUAGUUACGGGAAGUCAAGAAGGACAAAUAUGUCUCUGGGAUCUUUCAUCAGAAUUAAAGAUUUCAUCUAAAGAAAUUCUCUUUGGCCACACUGCUUCUGUAACCUGUUUGGCAAAAGCAAGAGAGUUUGAGAAACAACCAUAUGUAGUAAGUGCUACUGAAAAUGGGGAGAUGUGUGUUUGGAAUGUCAGUAGUGGACAGUGCAUUGAGAACACAAAGCUUCCUUAUAGGCACACAGCAAUCUGUUAUUACCAUUGCUCAUUCCGAAUGACAGGUGAAGGCUGGCUUCUUUGUUGUGGAGAAUAUCAAGAUGUUCUUAUUAUUGAUGCUAAGACUUUGGGUGUUCUUCACACUUUAUCAUCAUCUCAGUCUUCUGAUUGGAUAAAUUGUAUGUGUAUCGUACACUCUGCAAGAGUUCAAGAAGACUCAUUGGUGGCAGUGUCUGUAACUGGAGUCCUUAAAGUGUGGGACCUAUCUUCAUCUUUGAAUAGCAUACAGGAGAGACAAAGUGUGUGUGAGAAGGAAUCAAAGUCUCUAGACUGUACAAAUUGUCAAGCAGUACGGUUUUGUACUUACACGAAAAGGCUCCUUCUAGUUGUGUCCUCCACAUGCUGGCAGGUCUAUGAUUACUGUGAUUUUGCUUUGCUUUGUACUGAGUUCUGUAAAAGUGGUCAGUGCUUUGCUGGUGGAGAAGUACUAGCAGCUUACAGACUUAUCAUCUGGACAGAAGAUGGCCACAGUUACAUCUACCAGCUGCUAAACAGCGGGCUUUCUAAAAGCACACAUCCUGCUGAUGGAAAGGUGCUGAAAGAAACUGUUUAUCCUCAUUUACUCUGCAUGACUGGUGUGAAGGAAAAUAAGAGUUUUCCUUUUGUCAUGGGCUUUAUGAAUGAAAGAAAGGAGCCUUUCUAUAAGGUUCUUUUUUCUGGUGAAGCUUCAGGAAGGAUCACUUUAUGGCAUGUUCCUGAUGUCCCUGUGUCAACAUUUGAUGGUUCACCAAAAGAGAUCCCAAUUACAGCAACAUGGACUCUUCAGGACAAUUUUGAUAACCAUUCAAUGUCAGAGGGUAUUAUUGCUCAUCUUGGCACAUCUAAAGAUGGAAUCGAAAGUGCAGUUGUCAGUUCCUCUGUAUACAUCCCCAGUCUUGAUAAGCUCGUGUGUGGAUGUGAAAAUGGGAAAAUUUUCGUAACACUAGGUUUAAAAACUGCAAGAGCAAGACUUUUAGAAAACAUCUCUCUGCUGAAAGAUAACCUACCUUAUAAGGUUCUGAAUGGUCAUAUUAGCAGAGUCACUUGUUUACUUUAUCCACAUGAUAAAUCAGUAAGAUUUGAUCCAAGCUGGCUGUUAUCAGGGGGCCAGGAUUCUUUCGUGAUCUGCUGGGAUAUAUUUACUGGAGGCAUCUUACACCAAUUUAGUCUGCAGUCUGGGCCGGUGACAGAGCUAUUGCGAUCUUCAGAAAACUACAGAUUAAAAGACCACAGCAUAGUGUGCUGUGUGUGCAGUGAUCACUCAGUAGCAAUUCUACACCUUCAGAAGAGAGUAUGUCUCCUACAUGCCAGAAAGCAUCUGUUUCCUGUGAAGAAGGUAAAAUUUGACCUUGUUGAAAAUCUGCUAAUUGUUGGAUGUGAAGACGAUUCAGUUUAUAUUUGGGAAAUUGAAACAGGCACACUGGAACGACGUGAAACAGGUGAAACAGCAAAAGCAAUUCUUGCUUCCAUUGAAGAUUCAGAAUACUUAGUGGCAGAUGCUCUACUUCCUGUGUCUCAAGAGUCAAAAAGAAAUAAAAAUGCUGGAUACAAACACUGCAGCUCUUAUAAGCAUGGCAUGGUCUCUUACAAUCUUACUCAUACAGAAAAAUCUUCAGAUACGUUAACUGAUACCAGCUGCAUCCAACAGCCCUUUACUAUUUUACCAGUUAAGACAAAAUGGAACAAUGCAAAUUUUCAUAUUCUCUUAUUUGAUCUUGAAAAACUUGAGGAACUUCUGCUGUCAUCUCAACUCAAUGGAUUAAAGUCAUCGAAUUCAUUCCACAACUAUGACACUCUAGAAAGAGCCAAAAGUAUUACUGAGAAAAGGGCCCUGACAUUAAAAAGAAAUAAAACUGCUGGCUCUGUAUCUCCAGUGGAUGGGCAAGUAGAUACUGCUUGUUUGAACCAGGUCUGUAGGGAUAGUAACGCAGCUAGGCCUUUGGAAGAAAGUGGUGGCAUGAAAAGACUGAAAAAAAUGAAGAGUUCAAGAAAGAUCAGAAUGCAGCCACCAGGAAACAUUGAUGUGAAUGUCACCACUGAUACAGCUAAACUGCUUUUGUCAUGUCUCUUACCAUGGGGUGUAGAUAAAGAAAUAGACAAUCAUUGUGUUAGACACUUGGAUAUCCUGAGGCUUCAGUGUCCAGUUUCUUUUGGACUUGUGUCAAAUGAAACCCACCUAUCACUAAUGUUCCCAGGAUGGAAAUGUACUGAUUGUGGUGUGCUAGAAGAACAUGCAGUAAUCAACUUGUUUUCAAAAAGAGUGCUUGAUUUAUCAAACAAGUACCUUGCUGCAACUGAAGGACAAACUGGAAAGAAGGAUGGAUCUGAGAAUGAUGUUUAUGGAACAAAGGGACUGGAAACAGUAUUCUUCUUUAGCAGAAUAGCUUUAAUCAACAGGAUAAUUAACGUACCCUCAGCAGUUACAGGUGAAAUUGAAAGUCCACAGAAAUCAGAAUCUGUACAUGACAAAUGGCGAAAUACAGAAGCAGUAACACCUUCAUUCCCCAGUUUUUAUGGAGAGUUACCAAGUAGUAAAAGUGGAUACCAUUUUCCAGACUUUGGGAGUGUUUCAUUGCUGAAACUCAUUUGUUGUUGGAGUGACCAAUCUAUAAAGAUUAUUGAGGCAAUGCAAGCAGUGCUGCUGGCAGAAGUUCAAAUGACUAUGAAUACCUGGAGAAAGACAGCAAUCUGCAGAGAGCCAUUGGCCAUAGUAGAGAAUGGAAAUGUCAGUGUGCUGAAGCAUGACAAGAGCUCAAACUCGGCAAACUUCCAAGAUGUGGAGGAUAUGCCUGACAGAUGUGUCUUGGAAGAGUCUGAGAGUCCAGAUGACAUGAAGCCACAUCCCUGGAUAUCUAAGGUGUGCUCCUGCAAGGUGUGUUAGAAAACCUGCUAAGCCAAAAGAAUUAGAAGAUGCACAAGAACAGCCAAGAAAUAGGAUGUAUGUGGUGUGGACAUGAAAUGUCUUGUUGUAUUUAUUACUGUAUACAUUUAACAAUUUAUUUUCAUAAGAAAUACCUUCCAUAAGAUCAGCUUCUAUUUGCUGAUUUAUUGGCUUCAAUUCACACUUUCAUGGUUAAUAUAUUUACAUUUAUUCAAUUAAAUUUAGACAGUUCUAACAUAGAAAAUAUCAACUUUUUAUUUAUAGAUGUUUUUCGCUAGUUUUUGUAGUGAUCCCAAAUCUUACAACUUUGACCAUCAUCAAUUUUAAUACUCUUUUACACACAUCAAAUUUAAAUUUUUGUCUUUCCUUGCUUCUGACUUUUAUUACCAAUAAGAUUUUAACACUGAGCAAAACCAAAUGCAUUUGAAAUAAUUAGAAAAUUUGCUUGCAUUUAAAGGAAGAAUGCACAUCUUUAAUUAAGCAUGGAAUAUUUAGAAACAACUAAAAUACAAAGAAUGUUCUGUGCACAGGAAAGCAUGGGAAAUUGAUUAUAAAUCUGGUCAUGUCUAGGAUGUAAGUUUCCCUUUUCUUUAAAUACUGCCAUCACCAUCAUCUGUAGAAAUGUAGUACCAAUAUGAAGUUGGAGAAGCCCAUUGGAGUCCUCUUCUGAAAUUAUAUACUUCAUUGAAUUUCUAUUUGUGCUGGGAAAAAGCUGGGAAAAGCAGCUAUACAUUUUUGUCUUUUAAAAAAAAAAUAAUUAUGUUUGGAGAAUAUUUGCAGCUUAUUAGACUCAUUUAUCACCUAAUGUUCUGGGAAAUUUAUGCUGGUUUGACAAAUAAUGACCACUCAGAGCAGUAAGCUCACUUUCUGUAUUACCAAUAGUCAAUGUGCUAAUGAAGUCAAAGGGACUUGAGGAUGUGCUUUUCUGGAUCUGCAUCUCACGGUGGAAAUCCUGGUCUGAUGUUAUCCUUCCUAAUUGUUACGUUAGUCAUAAGCUGCCUUAACUAGGAGAGUGAAGAUUUCUUCAGUGUGGAAAGAUUCUCUGGCAAUGAAUCUCUUUCUUACUUGUGGGGAAAUGUCAUGGCUGCAGAAGUGACAAAACCAGGUUUCUGUUGCCAUACUAUGGCUUGAAUUUGGUUAAACGUGAAACAGACGUGAAACCUUCUUUCUUCUGCUUUUUUAUAUCCCAUGAGUCCAUAUCUCUAAGUGCAGUAUAUGGCAGCGAGGUCUUCAGAAACAUUGAAUGGAAGGGCCUUCUGAGAAAUAGUAUGUCAGUUUUUAUUCUACUAAAGAAUAUGUCAUUAGAAUAGGCUGCAAUCCAGAGAAGAUAAAGAUACUUAAUGUCAUUUUUCUGUAAUUGUAAAUACCAUGCAGAGAAAUUACAUCUUUUAACAGAGAAGUCACUGGUUUUUACACAUUUGGUAUUUUUCAGAAACAACUUUCCUUAUUCUUAGAAGGCAUUUUCCUAUGUAAAACAUAUCUUUUGUUUAUAUAAGCUUGUAUUUGAUUACAGUGACUAAACAAUCUGGAUGUUGAGUGUUAUGGCUUUGUUAUUUCCCUUAUUGUGCUGGA